AUGAACUUGGAAAAUUUGAAAUUUUUCAAUGUUUUUUGUCAGUCUUUCUACUUUCUACCUUACAUUUCGGUCGUGUGUUUGAAAUUAUUGUUGUUCUCCUUGGUCUCGAAGCAAGUUCAUGGGGCAGAGGCUUGGCUGGUCGAUAAAUUAAGUGAAUUGCUGGCUGAUCCGGUGAAUCGACUGGAGUAUACCAAGACUGGGCAGUGCUAUGACAACUUGAAUCGGCAGGUAAGGCAUUUUUGAAGGUAUAUUAAAACGAUUUUUAUGAAAAAAUAAAAAUUUGAGGUUUGAAUUUGCUUUUUACAGUAUGGUUCUACAGUACCUUGUCUUUUUUUUCAAGUAAUGUUCCAAAAUGACACGUAAGUUAAAUUUUUAAAGAAUUAGGUACAAACGGGCCUGGUUUGACUAAGAGUAGGAUAAGUUAAGGUAAUGUGGGGAGAGUACGUAUAGUUGGGAAGGAAAGGCUUAUAAUAGGGUAGGGUAGUAUAUGUCAUGGCAUGGUAGAGUAAAAUAAGAAAUGUUAGGUCACUGUAAGGUAAGGUAGGAAUUGGGUCCUGACAAUAUGGUAAGUAGUUUAAUUGAAAAUUUUUUUCAGAACAAACAUUUACAAAAAUAUGGACUACGGUACUCCAUUCCAUGAGUUUUCGCACGGUUUACCGGACGAUUAUCAAUUCGAUGUGGUAAACCAAAUGGACGAUUUCUUGAAGAAUAUCAACUCAAAUUGUGAGAAGGUAAGUUUUUUUCUAACUUAUUGUAAAUUAAUCUACUCUGCCUCUUUCUACUUUAUUUUAUCUUAUUUUAUCGUACUCUGCCUUACUGUAGUCUACCGUACUCUUCCCUAUCGUACUCUAUCUUAUCCUACAAUACUCUUUUACUAUACGUUACCUCAUCUUUCCAUAGCGUACUCUACAUUACUGUACUCUACCGUACUUUACCCUAAUAUAAUCUACAUUAUCUUACUGUACUCUACCUGACCUUGUCUUAUCCUACUGUACUUUAACCUACUUCAUCCUACUACCGUAUUUUACCUUAUCUUUCUGUACUUUACCGUACUUUUUCCUACUAUAAUCUACCUUACCCUACUCUACCCUGCUGUGCUUUAUGUUACCUUACCGUACUCUAUUCUAACCUAGUCUACUCUACUGUAUUUUACCCUACUUUUCUCUACUCUACCGUGUUCCACCAUAUCCUAUCAUACCGUCUUCACCAUAUUCUACCCUACCGUGCUCUACCAUACUCUAACCGACCUUAUAUUUCUAUUUUGUAUUGUAUUCUACCCUACCCUACCGUAUUCUACUUUACCUUUCUCUAAUUUACCAUACUCUACUCGACAGAUAUCAAGUUUAAUCUUACUUUAGUCCUAA